AUGUCAAAGGAAAUGUUAAUGUUUGUUGGGGAAGUGUAUGAUGACACGUGUGGCAGUGUAGAGAAUUAUGAGGGUGUAGGCAGACCAUUAUGGUGGCGUGACAAUCGUAGCAUAGUGUACAAUAUCAUCUUGAACGUCUCUACAUGUGCCACAAAUCUAACACUUAGGCUUCUCCCAACAGACACAUACCAGGCGCAGGUGCAGGCAGCGUGGCAGAAGAGCUGGAACCAGACCCAAUCCCUCCUGCAGAACCUGAGGUUUAGAGAACGUGGACCUUUGAAGUCUUGGAGACCAGAAACCAUGGCCGAGGCCAUUCACGCUGUGCUGAAGGAAGGGUUGUCCUUGUCUCAGGCUGCCCGCAAGUACGACAUACCAUACCCCACGUUUGUACUUUACGCCAACCGGGUACACAACUUGCUGGGGCCGUCACAAGAGCCAGGGGACAUGCGGCCUAAGGGUCGGGGUCGUCCACAGAGGAUACUGCUGGGGUCGUGGCCGGAGGAUCAGAUCAAGGGCGUGAUCAGGGCCGUCGUCUUCCGGGACACCUCUGUGUUCAAGGAAAAUGAGCAUAAGGUGGGCGGGAAGACAAAGGAAAACAAGCAGCCACUUACGCCCAAGCUGCAUCGGGAUGAUCCUGCUGGUAUGCUCAUGAAGCCCAAUGGUCCUAUGCUACCCAAUGUGUCUGGUAUCUUGACAGGCUUAUCUCUUGACACCCCAGAUAAUGGAAGUCUUUCAACUGCUCCCAGCACUCCAGCAUCAGCCACCCCAGCACCAUCAACACCUACAGGAGCCACCCCGAUCCCAACACCAUCUACAACACCAGCUACAACUACACCUGUCGCCUUGCCCCUUACUACACCUCCAACUCCAGGAAGCACAGUAGCUACAGCAGUGUGCAGUCCAACAUCUAAUGAAUCUCGUUUGGCUAAUACCACCAUGGUAAACAACUCUACUCCUUCUCCUAAUAGUAUGGUGUCUGCUUGUCUAACUACUAUGACUCUUACGUCCUCCAUCGUGUCCUCACCAGUGUUUAGCCUUGCUAACAGCAAUGGCACUACAAGUAAUGGCAGUAUUACUAGUAAUGUUACCAAUGGAGAGUCGCCAGUUAGUCCAAAUGCAGGGAUUCAACAGCGAGAAACAUCACCAAAUAAUUCCCAUCAGAACCAACAACAAGAACAGCAACAGCCAAAACAAGAACUUCAACCACAGCAGCAGGAGCAACAAUCACAGCAGCAACCACAUCAACAGCAACCUCAGUCACAGCAACCACAGUCGCAGCAGCAGCAACAGCAGCAACAGCAGCAACAGCAGCAGCAGCAACAACAGCAGCAGCAACAGCAACAGCAGCAGCAACAGCAACAGCAGCAGCAGCAGCAACAACCACCACAGCACCUGCAGCAACAGCCAUCACCACAGCACCAGGCUCAACGUCAAGGACCACACCAUGGGCCACAUCCAGGUUCACAUCCAAGUCCAGGUUCACAUCCAAGUCCAGGUUCACAUCCAAGCCCACACCAUGGUCAACAUCAUGGCCCACAUCAUGGUGCACACCAUGGUCCACACCAUGUCCCACAUCCAGGACCACCUAGAGGUCAGCAUCAUAGUCAGCUUCCUGGCCAGCAACUCCAGGGUCAACACCAACAGCAUCCACAACCCCAGCAUCCACAGCAGCAUCACCAGCAUCCACAACUUGGAGGCCUGUUACCCAGUGGACUUCCCUCUCCCUUAGCUACAUCUCUGGCAUCACCUGUCCAUCUGGCACGAUUAUUUGGUGAAAGUGCUCAUCCUCACCUUUCUGGUCACCAACACCCACAACACCCACAAACUCCUAUCAGUCCCUUCCAUCCCGCUUUCCCUCGCCAUCCUCAUCCAACUGCUGCAAUGCAGGUAAUGAAUGCCAUGAACAGUCUCAAUGCCCAUGCUUCUCGAAUGAAUUCUAAUGAUGUUGAGCCAUCGCCUGAAGCCUUGCUCUUCAGCAAACUAACAAACCCUCACAUGAACCCCACUCAGGGUAGUGGUGAAAGCAUUGCACGAAGUGGUCCAACUCAAAACCAAUUUGACAACCAUGGAGAUGCCUCCAGCUUGGCUGGUAUUGUAGAUCGUACAUCUCUAAUGUAUCGUGAUGGCCUAGAUAAUAUUAAAUCUGAACCUGAACCAAUCCUGAAUUGAAAUUCCCACUGCUCUUAACAUUGACCCUCACAUAAUAUAGAGAGCUUAAGUGUAAGUGUUAGUGAUAUACAGAUAUCAGUAUCAAUAGCAGCAUUCAAGGGUAUCUGAAAUAUUUUACCUUAACUGCUCGUUUGUUGUGCUGUGUAUAGGAUCCCGGACUCAUGAGUUUUGUGUAGGGACCAUAUUCUCUAUGAAAACUUUUGCACACCUCUUUAUAAGAGCAUAUUUUAAUUGAUUAUGUAAAUAGUAGAGGAUUACAUAUGUAGCUUUGCAUCUGCAUUUGUCCAAAGCAGUUGGGCAUUACCUCAAAGUGAAACUCAAUCAUACGCAGUGUCACUGUACAAACUGGACAUGCCAAUAUUCCCCUCAUGUAUAUAGUAAAGGUGACUGGUGCAUGUAACUCUGCGUGAUGCCUUGCACCCUUCACUUUCAGUCUGAAGAAUGGGUUUUUAUACCUUUUUGAAAGGUAUUGUUGCUUUACUUGUUAGUAAUAGAUCAGAAGCUGAUAUAGGACUAGGGUAGGAAAAUUUGGUUUAUAACAAUAUUGUAUAUUAAUUUAUUUUACUGAUCCAAGAAUACAUUUGCCUUCACCUAAUCUUUUGCCUUAAUUGAAAGGAAGGCUAUGGCUAUGCCCAUGUGGCAAGUAGAAGGCUAUUGUUACCCACGCAUUGACAGUGACACAAAAUAAUUUUUUUUCGAUUUUGCAUAAAAAAAAUGUUCCAAACUCUUGAUAAUGCAGUGUAUUUACAAAAGUGUCAGUGUUUUUCUUUAAUUUAUUGUGGUUUUUGCAUAUUCAGUAAAGGAUAGAAUGUAUGCAGGAGUGUGUGUGCAUGCAUGCAUGUGGGUGUUUGUGUAUGCAUGCAUAUAUGCAAGUGUGGGUGUUUGCAUGUGUAAGUGUAAUAGUGUACUUAAUAGCCAGAGUUGCCUAACAAGCUGAAUUUUGUAAAAUUUUAAAUUGUUUAUAUUUUUAUCAUUUAUAUAUUUAAUGGAACUACCUGUAUGUGAUUUUAUUUAGAGUUAAAAUUAAGUUAGCAGUCUGACCUAAUAUGAAUCUCUGAGCACAAUUUUCAGUACAUUUUCCUAUUCCCAAAAAAAGAACCAAUCAAGAUAAUCCAGGUAUUGAAUAACUUCAUUAUAAAUAUUGUGAACUUUCAUACAUCUGACAAAUAGAUAAGAAUAUUAAUACAUGGAUCAUUAAAUCUAAAAUACAGUUUAUAUGCAAAAUAUGCACAGAACACCUUGGCCAUUUUCCAGUACAUCAUCAUAUUUUUACUUAAAUGUAUUCCCGAUGUGCCUGUUUCAGUAAAGAUAUAUCGAGCAUCUUUGCUGAAACGGGCUCCUUGUGACUACAAAAGGAAAAUAAUUGAUUUGGCUGUCAUUGCAUUUUCCAAAAAUUCAACAUACUGAAUCAUAAAGCCAAUGGAGUCAUGGCAGGACCUGACUUGGGUGAGGAAGCAUGAAGGUGGUUUACUCAAAAGAAUUUUGUUGGAAUUCUUGUGGGUGAUGAUCAAAUCAAAGGUACAGCAGACAUUUGUGCUUAUAAUUUUGAUAUUGCUUUUAUAGCAAAUUCUGGGCGGCUUCAGAAUAUUAAAAGAUGGCAUGGAAUUGAUAAGUGGAAGGUCUAUGGUUAUAAAUUUAGUGCUGAAUGUGAAGUGUGUGGUGUUAUUUAAGAGGGGUGUGUGGGUGCCAUAAAUAUUAUUUGAGAACUAUAAUGAUGAAAUAAUGAAUUUUGUUGGGACAGGAAGCCUGUAUGUACAAACUUGUUAGGCAUAUAUUGAGAGAUUCCCACAAGGUUGAACUACUGACCCUUCCCACCCAGAAUGCAACCCCCACAACAAGCUGACUAACUUCUGGGUACCUGUUUAAUACUAGGUUAACUGAGGCAUUAGGUGACAGGAAACAUCAACCAUGUCUGUCCUACCUGGGAUUUGAAGCCGGAAUUCCCAAUUGUGAGUCGAGAACAAAGCUGACCACUUCUGGAUGAAAAGGAAAUAUGCAUUAAGGUAGACUUUAGUGUCUAACUUAAAUAGACAAUCUUUUGGAUACUUCCUGCAAGACGGACCCCGAAGAUAUUGUCAUUUAUUCCUAAAUUUAUUCCUAAAGUUAUGCAAGAUAACGUUAGGAAUGCCAAAAAUUUCCAGAGGGAUAGAGUAAGAGUUGAAAAUAUAUAGCUACACUGCCAAAUCUUCCAUUUUAAAAACGGUCAAGUUUCUUACCUCUGUCUAAGAGUCAAGUUAAGGUCUUUCUCGCAGUGUUAGUGGCAUGUCGGGACCACUUGCCCGUUAAACCUGGCACUCAACAGUUUGAUGACUUUGCUUUAGCAUGAUUACUCUCCAAAAAGGCAUCUGUUCCUUUUUGCUAAUUUUGUAUUUACACGUAUACCAUACAGUGCUACAGAAUAAGUACAUAUAUUACUUAAAGUGCACUUACUGUACAGCAUUGUGUGCAAAUCUUUGAGUUCACAUGCACAAAUGUAUUAUCACCUGUCGAAAAAAUGAAAUUUGGCAAAAAAAUACAGUACUGAUGUAAUACAUUUGAAUAUAUACAAAAAUUUAAAGUUCAAAAUGGGUCUGGAACCAUUUACAGUCAUCUGGCCUUUUUAAGGCUGCAGUGUGUACUUUAUCAUUUACAGUAUGUAUGAAUGUAUAUAUGUGUCUGCAUGCUUUUGUGGAGGUGUGCUUAAUUAUUGAAUUUAAAUGUACAGUAUAUACAAUACAGUAUUUAUAUUCAUUAUUUAAAAUAUGCAAAACCACAGUAAAUUCUUAUAAAAUACUCCGAGAGCUAUUGUGAAUAAAUCACAAAAUCAAGAAAUAAGCUUGGAGUAUUUUUUUUAAUUUAAUGUGAUGUGUGCAUCUGAAGCUGCAUGAUCUCUUUUUUUUUUUUUUUUUUUUUUUUAAAUUAUAUAUGUUUCA